AUGGCGCCCGGCAUCCUGGAGCACCCUGGCAUUACCACUGUCGAAUCACGCCCGUCGAAGAGAAUAAAGACUUCGGUGGCGACCGAGACCCAAGUCGACGAUGAGGAUGUGGCGGCGGCAAUCGCAGUGCCCUCGCAUCCCCUGGGCAUUAAGCCGGCCGGAAAUGCUUUGACAGCGUCCGAAAAUAUCAAAUCAAGAUGCGGCUUGUUCGCUAGUCUCCCAGAUGAACUUUUGAGCCAUGUCCUCGAGUCAUUCGAGGCUGACGUUUUGAUACGUCUGGGGAGUACGUGCCGGGCUCUGUAUGCCUUCACUCGACUGGACGAAUUAUGGCGGGCCUUAUUCGUAAGCUCCCCAGCUGAAGACUUUGAAUGGCGUGGAACAUGGCGAGCAACCUAUCUCAAAAUACCUAGAGAGAACGUUACUUCUAUUUCAUGCACCAAUCUGUUUUCGGACACACUUUACCGGCCAUUUCAAUGCGCACACACAACACUGAACACAUAUGCGCUCAACAUCCCAAAACACAAUGAGAUAGCUCGACUCUCAGACCUGACUUAUGAAGAGUAUGCUGAGACAUGGGUCGACAGACCCUUCGUGCUCACUACACCCGUCAAGCAAUGGCCUGUAUAUGGUUCCUGGACACCUGAAUACCUUCUCGAGAGAUUUCCAGUUACGAAGUUUCGUGCGGAAGCAGUAGACUGGCCCAUGAAGAAGUACAUGUCUUAUAUGCACGACAACGCCGACGAGUCACCUUUGUAUCUUUUCGACCGUGCAUUUGCCGAGAAGACCGGCAUAGACAUCACAGCAGCACCACAUUCCAAAGAGGCGGCAUACUGGAGCCCGACGUGCUUUGGCGACGACCUUUUUAGUGUCCUCGGCGAGCAUCGUCCCGACUGCCGAUGGAUGAUUAUGGGUCCUAAGCGCAGCGGUUCUACAUUCCACAAAGACCCCAACGCUACUUCAGCUUGGAAUGCCGUCUUAACUGGCAGCAAGUACUGGCUGAUGUUCCCCGCUGGCCCAGGUAUCGAACCUCCACCAGGUGUCAUCGUCAGUGACGAUCAGUCUGAGAUCACUUCUCCGCUCAGCAUUGCGGAAUACAUGCUCACAUUUCAUGAACUCGCACGCCAAACACCUGGCUGCAAAGAAGGAAUCUGCUACGCCGGUGAAGUCCUACACGUACCGUCCGGCUGGUUCCACCUUGUCCUCAACCUCGAAGAUAGCCUCGCGCUCACGCAAAACUUUGUGCCACGAAAGAAAUUACCCGACGUCCUGGGCUUCUUGCGCGAUCAGAGGGGCGAAGUUAGUGGGUUCAAAGUGGAUGUUUGCGAUCGUGCUUAUGAGCUUUUCGUAGAGAGACUGCAGGAGCAGCAUCCUGACUUGCUGGAGGAAGGCCUCGCGGAGCUAGAAAAGAAAGGCAAAAAAAGUAGAGGCAAGUGGGAGCAAUUGACCAAGGGAGAUGAGGAGGAGCCUGUAGGAGGUUUUAGCUUUGGAUUUGGAGGGGAUGACGACGACGCUGAUAUCCCGUGA